UCUACCGGGGCUAGCUGAUUCACAGGGAUGAUCUCCCAAGCGACACGUUCAGAAGUUGCUGCUUAAUGGCGCCACGUGUCGGUGACAGUCCAAACACUCAGCAUUUCGUUAGGCGUUUUCCCGGGCAAAUCACCACCAGACACUGUCGUUACUCGCUACUCGCUACACUGCCGCUGCAAAGAUGAAAGAUCUGCAACUUCUUCUUCUACAAUCUACCGCUAAAAACUUUUCCUCAUUUUCUUUCUGCCUUUCUGGGAUAUGUUCAACCAACAACAAACAACAACCUUAAUCUCUGCUCCCACAAAAAAUGCGCGUCUUGGAAUAUGCAGGUACAAACCUCGGAAGCAGCACCCCUAACCACGAGCAGGUGGUACCCAUUACCGUCUUCGUGGCUCUUCUCUGCCUCUGUUUAGUCGUUGGACAUUUGUUAGAAGAUAAUCGAUGGUUCAACGAGUCCAUUGCCGCCAUCUUCAUCGGGUUUAUUGCGGGGACAGUCAUUUUGUUGAUUAGAAAGGGGAAAAGCUCUCACAUACUCAGAUUCAAUGAAGAGCUGUUCUUUAUAUAUCUGCUUCCACCGAUUAUAUUCAAUGCCGGGUUCCAGGUCAAGAAGAAACACUUCUUCCAAAAUUUCUUAACUAUUAUGCUGUUUGGAGUUGCUGGGGUUUUCAUAUCAACAAGCAUAAUUAGUACAGGCAGUUGGUUGCUCUUCUCAAUGCUCGAUAUUGUUGGCUUGACUGUUCGAGACUAUCUCGCUAUUGGUGCCAUAUUUUCGGCAACAGACACCGUUUGUACAUUGCAGGUAUUGAAUCAAGAGGAGACUCCCCUGCUAUAUAGCCUUGUGUUUGGGGAGGGUGUAGUCAAUGAUGCUACAUCGGUUGUCCUCUUCAAUGCGAUUCAAAAGAUUGAUGUUAAUAGACUCGAUGGCUGGGCUUUAGUUAGUGUUCUCCUUGAUUUUUUGUACCUUUUCUCCACAAGCACUGCUCUCGGAGUUGGUGUUGGGCUAUUGACCUCGUUCAUUCUAAGGGUUUUGUACUUUGGGAGGCAUUCCACUGUUCGAGAAGUAGCUCUCAUGAUUUUAAUGGCAUAUCUAUCCUACAUGUUGGCCGAGUUGUUCAACCUCAGCGGGAUUUUAACUGUAUUCUUGUGCGGAGUUCUUAUGUCUCACUAUGCAUGGCACAAUGUGACCGAAGGUUCAAGAAUUACUACCAGGCAUGUAUUCGCGACUCUAUCUUUCAUUGCAGAAACAUUCAUAUUUUUAUAUGUUGGAAUGGAUGCUCUGGACAUUGAGAAGUGGAAAAUGAGCGAUUUGAGUGUUUGGAAGUCGGCAGCUGCAUCUGGUAUUGUCCUCCUAGUGACACUAGUAGGUCGUGCGGCUUUUGUAUUCCCGCUCUCCGCUCUUUCCAACUGUAUGAACCGGAACCGCACAAGGUCAUCCUCGAUAACAUUGAAGCACCAGGUGAUCAUUUGGUGGGCCGGGCUGAUGAGGGGAGCUGUAUCCAUUGCUUUGGCAUUCAAUCAGUUCACUUUUUACGGCAUCACACUCAAUCCCACCCAUGCUACAAUGGUCACAAUAACAAUCAUCGUGGUCCUUUUCAGCACAAUAGUAUUUGGUUUUUUGACGAAACCACUUGUAUGUUGCCUGCUUCCUUGUCAUGACAGUAACAUAGACCAGGAACCAAGCGUUUCUCACGAGAGUAACUUAGACCGGGAACCAAGCAUCUCUAAGGACGACGAUGUGAGGCUUCCAUUGCUUUCGUUUGAAGAAUCAGCAGCAACCAACAUUCUGCGCGCAAAGGACAGUUUGUCCAUGCUCAUCGAAAGACCGGCUUAUACUGUGCAUUCUUAUUGGAGGAGGUUUGAUGAUGCUUAUAUGAGACCAAUAUUUGGUGGGCCACACAGCCAGAGACAUGAAUCCUCAAGAUAGAAGAUAGAAGAUAGAGUAGGAGGGUAGAAGAAAAGACACCACCCAUCCAGCCCAACAUUGAAAGAAUGAGAGUGGAGAUAGCAAGCAAUUUUGGCCAUUUGUGUUAAGAAUUCAUACUGAUUCCAGAUGGUCUUCUCAGAUGAACUCUGUAAUAUUCAAUGGAACUCCCUAAAAGAUGACCAUUUGGACUUUGGGGAAACCCUGCUGCUCCUAUGUAUCAUUUUGAUUUUAACCUCUGGCUCUCCACACUGAAAAUGCAGUUUGUCUUUUCUUCAGAUGCCAUAUAUUCUGGCUAAAACCAUGAAUCACAUAAUUAAAAGCAUUAAGAAAGUGUUCGGUUUAAGUUAUAUCACAUAA